UCCUCACGCCGGGAGCGCUUCUGGAAACGCGUGUCGGGCUGCGGUUCCUCCCCCGGCAGCCUCCCCUGGGUUCUCGGAGCGGGACGGGCGGUGGUAAUGCCGGCUCUUACGGGUUGAGGAAUGGAGUAUCGUUUUGCGCUAUUUUUGGCGUAUUUGGGCUGUUGCGCUGGGCGUUAACGCCGAGUGGCGAGUCUUGUCCCUCAGAAACCUCCCACAGUGGAGUAGGGGAGAGAGAAAUCCCUUCGGAGAGAUUUCUGCCUGCCCCACAACGACUUGUACCGUCCCGCCUGCAUCAUUCUCUAUGGCUGUUUUAUUGAUGUCUGCAUAAAAUAAAGCAGAUUCGUCCUUGCGAAUGUUUGCGAGAGUAAUUGCAGUUGUUGUUACAGUCGGGCUUGUUACCUGAUGUCUGUUUACCCUGUUCCUCUCUCCCGUGCUCCAUCAUUUUUCCUGAUUGUACUGAUGCGUGGAAUGAAACUUCACAACUCAAGAGAGUUAUAAAGCAGUACCAGUAUCAAGAAAAUCUGCAGUGGACUGUGACUUCCCUGGGUGAAAUAAAGGGAAAGACAAUGGUGGCUUUCCAGCAAAAAGUUUUGAACCUAAUCAAGCGUUUCAGACGGCAAUGGCCUUUGUUUUCAGACUCUGAGAGGACUACUGUAUGUGGAGCAGACUGCAUGCUGAUGGCUUUACAACUGUCAAUGGCUGAAGUCAACAAACAGCACCAUGGAGAUUUCACAGUAUCACUUAGUGAUGUGCUGGAAACUUGGAAAUAUUUGUUACAUGACAAACUGGAAUUAUCAUAUGAAAACAUGACAGAACCUGAAAAUUAUGCUGACCUAAAAAAAGCCUAUGAUGCCUUCUUAGCAAGAAGCAAUAUGUUAGAUCUAAUAGACAUAUAUCGGAAGUGUUAUAGUCUUGGACUUGUAGAUGAAGAUGAUCACAUAGUCCCUGUUCAGCUGUUGGAAUUUAUUUCUGGCAUAAUGAAUGUAGAAGAAACUAGUGGUUCUGUUCUUUCUACUCCUACACGUUUCAACAAACAAGGCCAGGAGACUGUGAAGGUGGCAAUCCUAGCAAAGAAGUGUGUGUGUUCAUAUUUAAGCUUGUUGGUGAAUUCUAAGGAUGACCUGGCAUUGGCUCAUAUUCUGAAUGUUCCUGACAGAGGACUUGGUAGAGAAGCCUUCACUAACCUAAAACAUGCCUCACAGAAGAGAAGAAUGUCUAUUUUCCUGAUAGCAACAUCUUUUAUCCGAACCGUAGAACUUGGAGGAAGAGGCUGUGAGUCUUCAUUAUUUGAUCCUUUAAAAGUCCAUGUAAAGGGGCUUUCAGACUUUGUUCAUUUUAUUGACAAGCUGCAAGAAAUUGUUGGUGAAACUUUAGAUCAAAGAAUCGCAGGGGGGCGAAUUCUGUCAACAGUGAAGAUGCAUUUGAUAAAAGGCCGAAGCAAUGGGGAUCCUUUCUGUCAGGCAGUGGAGGAAGUUGUACAAGAUUUGGAUUUGAAGAUUAAAAAUAUUAUCGAUUCACAGCAGGAAACCUUGACUGCCAGCACUACUGGAGUCAGUCCAGCACGGCCAAAAUUGCAUUCCAUAAAUCAUGGCACUUCGUAUUGUGGCAGAGAUACUGUAAAGGUCCUACUAGUUCUUCUGGAUGAAGAAGCUGUCAGUCCUCCUACCCAGAACAAAGCAGAACUCUUACAUGAUGAUGAAAGCUUAAAUUUGUUUGGAAUCACCUCUGUUUUGACACUCUUCAAAUCUCCAGCACAACUUAAUCGAUCUUCUCCACAACCUCUUAGACAACGUGUUCAGAAAUCUGUGGGUGAAAAAACAUUUAAGAUGAAGCAAUCUUCAAUCAAAUCUCAGUUUGCAUGUACGUAUAAAAAUGAGUUGAGUGAAAUAAAGGGUCGGCUCUUCCUCAGCAGUGACCAAAUGCCGACCUGCAUACAUCCUACACCAAAGCAACAUUUAAAUGCUGCGUGUCUCACAGAAGGCAUGAAUUCAUGUCUUGAUGUACCAGUGCUUGGAACUAUUUCUGAAAAUGUUCACCAGACUAGAAGUUAUACAGAGAUGGGAAAGCUGAGUUGUCAGCCAAGAAACAAGAACUCCAAGAAUGAACAGAUGGAUUUGAAUAAUGACAAAGUAAUCUGUGAUAAGGAAAGUGAACCAUCUUUGCAAAAAAAUGCUAAAAGACCAAAGACUUCAAACAACCCUCAGAAGGAACUGGACAGCAAAGUCAGUGGGAAAAGAAAACAGAGCAAAACUACAAGCAAAAAUAAGUUGAUUCCUGGUCAGGCAAAAUUAACUUGCUUUUUUCGACUAUAAGUUUUGUUUUGACAUAUAUGGUGCGUUGGCUUAGUUCCGAAGUUGUAAAAUUUUGCCAUUAAAGAUUGAAGGUCAUUAAUUGCUUCUUUUCAUACUUAAGUGGAGGUAACUUGUGUGUAAUAUUAGACAAAUACAAAGUCUGUAUUAUGCAGAAGUUUUUUUACUUUUUGAUAACAAUACAUCAUUGGUAAUUACAGCUAUGUUCUUUUUUGGUAAUGAAUUAUGCUUCCCUCUACAAUGCAAUGAGAAAGUAUUUUUGGAUGCAUAUGCAUCGCCACACUAAAACACAGUAACUGCUAAUAACAUUCAAUUCAUAAUAAAAUGUUUAAUCUUCCAAGAAGAUGGUGUAGAUCAGUAGUUUUCAGACUUGCCAACAAGGUCGAUAGACUCUUCCCAGCAUACACCUGAGCACUACAGAAAAAAAAAAAUAAUCUGAAUGUUUAAAUCAUCAAUGAACUAGAAUUCUUUAUUGCUUUUGGAAAUAACAGUUUAACAAAUGCUUUGUCCCCUGUGCACUGAACCACAAUAGGUGUAAACUAGAAAUGCAAGAUUUCACGAUCUCUAGGAAAUCCCAAACAUGACAUGGAAUUUUUAAUUAAACCUUUAUCAAAUUGCUAUAUAGACAUUGCAUUAUACUUUACAGGAAUGGAAUAACUUUUGAGUAAAAAUGAAAAUACACUUACUAUCAAAAUCUCUUCUUCCUAUGGGGAAUUUAGCUGAAUUUUCUUCAUCUGUAGUCUCUCUUUCCUGUAUUGAUUCAAUAUUUUGAAUUUUAGCGUCAGCUGGAAAAACCAUGGCUCCCUUCAAUGCAAGAUAAGGUAGUUGAUUUCUGCUGAAGUUGAUUGGCAUAACGUGAUUUAAGAAAUCAUGUCUGGAACCUGUGUCCUGUAGUAGGGGAAAAUAGUUCCAAUUUACAUUUAUUUAAUGUCAGUUGUGUUCACUUUUUAUACUUAGCAGUGCAAGUAUUUUAUCUUUCAAGAUGAUAUUUUAAAAGAAAUAACCUGUGUUAUCUUUGGCUGCAAUGGUUUGCUGAUGAAGAACGUGGUAAAAUAAUGAGUCUUAUACCUGGUGAAGUUAAAAAACAGUUGCUGUAUGCAGGGUUGUGCUGAAUCAAACACAAAUGUCGGCUUUUUCUCCCACAAGUUUUGGCUACAUGUAGUUCAGUAAAUAUCAGCUUGCUUUUAUUCAGCUGUCCACGUUACACAUUUAAAAUCUUGGAAUUAGAUACUUACAGUUGCAAAUUUAUAUUUGACUAUAGUAUGUUGAACUGAUGCUUUUGUAAAUUUGCCAGGUUAUUGCUUUAGUUAUUGUACUUGUUUUCUAAAGGACUGUAAAGAGAAUUUCCAUUUUACAAUUAAGACAAAACAUGAACCUGAAAACUUACCAAAACCUUCAUGUUUCUGUCAUCCUCUUCAUCCAAAACACUGUUGUCUUCAGUCUUAAAAUGUUUCAGCAAAGGUAUAGCUCCUCUGUUUACAAAUCUAUCUCCAUUUUGAAGAGUUUUGCCUAGAUUUAAUGUGGUU